AUGGGUGCACAAAUGAGCAAAAUUGAAGAUACUAUUCAUGAUGCUUAUAAAAAGACAUGGCCACAAGCUUGGUAUCUGGCUCCAUCAUUUCUUGCAUCACUUGGUGCUUUAGGUUUUGUUGGAUAUGCCUUAUGGCAAAAUAAAUCUGUCGCAUCAUCACCUAAUCUUUCAUUUUUACAUCUAAUUGGUGUUGCUGGUGGAUUUGGUAUUAGUUUUUGGAUGAUAACUGUUCAUGGUCGUGCUGUUCAACGUAUGUUAACACGUCAAGAAUAUGCAACAGUACAAUCACAUUUAUCAAAUGUUUAUUUUUCGUCAACAGCUGUUGUAGCUAGUUUAAGUUUAGGAACAUUUUUACUUCGUCAUCCAUUGAAAACAUGGUCAAAAGAAACAAGAAAUUUGGGUAUUGCAUUAUUUGUUGCAUUAGCUGCAGCUGAAGUCAAUAGUCUUGUUCUUAAUUCAUGGGUUACAAAUUUAAUGUUUGAUCGAAAUAAUAUUGAAUUUUUACAAGCAACUAAAACAAGUGAUGAUAUUGAAGGAUUAAUUCGUAAUGAUUCAAAAUAUCGUGUUGUAAACAAUAAAUUUAAUUUAUUUCAUUCGAUAUCAAUGGUUUCAAAUUUGGUUAAUCAUGGUAUUCAAUGGUAUCAUCUAUUCUUUCUUGCUGACAAAUGUCUUGUGCUCUAA